CAGCCACAACAGCUUACGGUCUCAGCAGCCUUCCUCACUCCUCCUGGUUUGCCUGUUUGGAGGAGACGCUAUGGAGCACCCCGUGAAAGAGGGGAUUCUCUACGUGCAGCAUCCCAAAUUUGGAAAGAAGACUUGGCGGAAAGUGUGGGCCCAGCUCUUUCCUGACAGCCCAUCUGGUGUUGCACGGCUUGAGUACUUUGAAGGUGUCGCAAUGGAGAAGGCCUCCCUGCGGAAGGGGGAGCGCAAGGUGAUCCGCCUCUCAAGCUGCGUCUCUGUGAAACGGGUGGGGGAACACAGCUCCCCCAAGGACACAGCCCCCUUCUGCUUGUGCCUGAUGGAGCGCAACUGCCUGCUGGCAGCAGAUCACCCAGAUGACUGGAUAGAAUAUAUCUGCCAACUGGCUUUUCAGAGGACACCUGCCCCAGCCAGCACAACCACAAACACUCGCAACCCGCAGCCCCUCAUGGAGGAGAAUGCCAUCUACUCGUCUUGGCAGGAAAUGUGUGAGUUCCCGGUGUCAAUAUUCCCCACAGAGGCAUCUGCCAGAUGCAACCUGAAAGGGAACUACUUAAUGGCACCUUUGCUUGAGCAGCUGGUGCUGAAGGACACACAGUCUGGGCACGUUCUCUAUAGCUGGCCUUAUGCCUUCCUCCGAAGAUUUGGCCAGGAAAAGACUGUGUUCUCUUUUGAGGCGGGACGUCGCUGUGAUUCGGGAGAAGGCCUCUUUACUUUUAGCACGGCACGGGCCACAGAGAUCUGUAAAGCUGUCUCGGCUGCCAUAGAACACCAAAAAAACAUUCUUCUGGAAAGAGACAAGAAAACUGGGAUUUACUUAGCUGAAGACUGCAUCCAAAAAGCAGGGCCCUGGCAGUGGCCCACCAGCAUGGGGAGCCAGGAGGAAAUGCAGCCGUUGUAUGCCAGGCCCCCAAAAGAAGCUGUGGGGACAGGCUUCCCAUUGCUGCAUGCAAGUGACAGCGGCUUGACUUCCCCAGAGACAGGAGCUCCUGAAACCCCCAUCAUCUAUGCUUCCAUCGGCAAGAGCUUCCCACUGUUCCAGCCCUCUGGCAAGGUGGAGACAGUGCCCAAGGAGCAGGGUGAGCCACUUUCUGACCACCUGUAUGAGAACCUGCGAGCUCUGGAGCAGCGCCCCCUUUGCCUGGGGUCUCUUGGCUUCAGUUACAGAGACUCCCCUGAAGGCAGCAGUAGUGAGCCUUCGCCCAUCUAUGAUAACAGUCUGGUAGCCACAAAAUGCUCAAGCAGUCACUCGAACCUCAACCACAGUGCAGGGCCUGACUCCUACCUGGAGAGCCAAUGCCCUCCUCGCCCGCUGGAUUGCCAGGAGGCGGCAUGUGGUGGUGAGGGGAACGCCAAGCCCAAGGUAAGGGGGGCUGGUGCUUUCAAGCACAAGCUGGUCUCCAUGCUGAGCCGGGAAGGAGGUGUUAAGGCAACCAGCAAGAACGCAGGUUCCAUGGACAAGUCAUAAUGGGAGUUCUCCAGCAGCCCCAAGUCAUGGAGUGCUUUCCCUCCAUGUUCCUUCCUCUUUGCCUUCAGCCUAUCCUCCUCCUCCUCUGUGUACUCAGCCAUCUUGACAGGGAGGCUCUCUGUGGCUUGAAAAUGCAGCCUGUCAGAUAAGAUGAAUCUGAUUGCUCUGGGGCAAUGCCAACUAGAUGCCAUCUUGACCCACUCUACUCCAUACAAUCAGUCCUGGGUAAUUAAAAGGUGGGAGCAGGGAAUUGUUCUCUUAAUCAUAUCAGUGGAUAUCGAGGAACCUGGAAAACCUGAUGCUUAUAUUUUGGGAUUUCUUUUUCCUUUGUGUCUCAAUAAACACAAAGUUUCUUGGA